AUUUUGGCUUGCUUAAAUAAAUCUGAGCGCAAGUGUCAGUAUUUCUACUAACGAUUAUAACUAGUUUGCUUGUUUUUAAGAUGAAGCUGUGAGUUAUUCAAGUCUGAAUGGAGUUAUGUGUAGGUAUAACAUUUCACAAAAUUUGAAAAAGUUUUUAGAUUUUAUAACACGCAACGACACGCCUCGCCAUUCCUAAGUCUCACUGCUGUUAAAGAGAACCAGGCUACAAACAGCAUCUCCGGCUCCAGUGUUUACAUCUGUCCAAUCUGACCCCUGAGAGGACCCUUAUAUUAUGUCCAAUGGAAUGAAACUAGAAUCAGCCUCACCAGCUCCAACAUGCAUGUCUGUCAAAUCUGAGCUGUCAAUGGAUCGACCCAUUAAUUUCAACAAUGGAAUGAAGCUAGAAUCAGCCUCACCAGCUCCAACAUGCAUGUCUGUCAAAUCUGAGCUGUCAAUGGAUCGACCCAUUAAUUUCCACAAUGGUGAGUUGUCAGCCAGUCUGCUGAAGGAGGAUCACUUCAGGUGUUCACUGUGUACAGACGUGCUGAAGGAGCCAGUCUACAUCCCCUGUGGACACUGUUACUGCAAGAUCUGUAUCCAGACCUACUGGACCAAACCAUCCUACGGUAGAAGAUACUCCUGCCCUCAGUGUAGGAAGAGAUUUAACACUUGUCCUGUAUUGAAGCCAAACUCAGCGUUGGCUAAAGUGGUAGAGAAGCUGCAGCAGGCUGGGCUCAGUCCUGCUCACUGCUAUGCUGGACCUGGAGAUGUGGAAUGUGAUUUCUGCACUGGGAGGAAGCUCAGAGCAUUGAAGUCCUGUCUGACCUGCACUGCGUCUUACUGUGAAACCCAUGUGAGGCAGCACUACACAGUAGCAGCCUUGCAGAGACACACGAUGGUGGACGCGACUGAAGACCUGGAGCAGAGACUCUGCCAACUGCACCACAAAGCCCUGGAGGUCUUCUGCAAAACUGACCAGACCUUCAUAUGUCUUAUAUGUAUGAUGGAGGAACACAAGGAGCAUGAUACAGUGGUGGCCAAAAGUGAAGCUCCUACUGAUGAGGCAAACACAUCAGUAAAAAAACAUCAGAAAAUCAGAAAAUUUGAUUCAUUAGAAGAGAACAAGAUGGAGAAAGAGAUUAAACAUCUCCUAAAGGAAAACAAAGAGUUGACAACAAAAGUUGAGAACUUGCAGAGAGCUGAUACAGAACUGACUUACCUGGCAAAGUUACUCUGCAGAGGACUUGAAGAAGACUUUGUAGAAAUGGCUGCUCUUGGACGUCGUUUGGAUCUUGGGAUGUUGUAUGACUGUCGCUGUGAUUCUGUCUGCUCAGAUGUCUUUCUAUGGGAUGAGAGCACUCUGUCCUCUAUGAAACUAUCUCUGUCUCGACCCCACACGGAUGUGAGGAUUUUAGAGGGAGAAUCCCUGCAGGAGAGACUCCAAGCUCUGGACCUGAACCCUUUUCUAAGAGCCAGUGUUGUAUCAGGGCUGGUGGAGGUGGCUGGAGCUGCUGCCUUUCUGAAUCACUCCACUCAGUCCUGGCUGCAGGACAGAGUCACUCUGGACUACAGAAACUCCACCAGACUAGACAUGCUCAAUCACACACUGCUGCACAGUGGAGCUCCUCUCUCACUGACCAAUCAGAACACAGCUACACAUGUGGUUAUGGCUGUGCUAUAUGGUGUCCAAGCGUUUUUUGUCUUUGAUAACAAAACUGAAAGCAGUGAAGGAAAUACAGUAUUAAGAACAACCUUCAAAAAGAUGAUCGCUUCCUCCUGUGAAACUGAACUAAUCUCCUGUCUCACUGAAAGUGAACAUGCAUGCUGUUCAUUAUAUGACACUGCUCAUUACAUUGAUGGAAAUGAUGUGACAAGUCCUAUGAAUUUUGACACGCCACUAAAACUGUAUAGCCUUCUUCAGAAGCUGAAAGAUAGAACGGCAGUGCCAUUGAAAGUCUGGCUGUACCCUCUGAAGAAAUUGGAUCCAACAUUGCCCCAUGUAGUUGGAGACAUCAGUGGAAACAUUCUUUCAAAAACAGAGAAUGUUUUGGAAUGUUCUGAGAGGUCUUUGAGGGUUUGUCAGAAGUUAAUUUACUCUAACAUUAGUCUUAGUACAUGGGCUCCAGCCUUGAAAGAUGCUUUUUGUCAGUUUUCUGCCUGUCUGCAGCAGUACAGGUCAGAGUUUCAGAGAGCACUGGCCUUCUGCAUCAAAGCCAUACGAGAAAUAGGAGAAGGAGAAGAGAGUUUGCGAGACCUUCUGCAGAGACAUGAACAAUCAUGCUUCAGUCCAGAGAACAUCAGGCAGUGGCUCCAAAACAGAGAAGCUGAAGUGAGAGCUUUGAAUGAACUCAGAGAUAAUGACGUCACCAUUGUGAAGUCACAGAAGGAGUUAAAGGAAGUCACACAAGAUUCCCAAACAGACAGUGUGUUGUGUUUAAUCCUCACCUCAGUGGGUGGUAAAGAUCCAUUUCUCUCUGCUCUGAAACAACACAUUGAUUCAGUAAAUGCAGUGAACACACAAGAGACCCAGCCAUCAUUCAGACUUUCUGAUACUAGUCAUAAAGUCCUUUCGGACCUUCAUUUAUUUCUGGCCUAUAAAGAAACAGAUAAGACUGCAGAGAAAAUCAAGUUCAUUGCAGCACCUCUAGCUAAGUCACAUUCUCCUGCAUCCUCUAUAUAUCUUUACCAAUCUGGCCAUUUGGUGAGCUGCAACGUAAAACUUGAUGUAAAGCCAGAAAUACUCCCAAAAAUAAUAGCAGUGAAAGAGAGGAGUGUGAAACUGAAACUGCAGAGUUCAAAGACCAGAAGAAGCAGAUACAGAGUGGAGUACAGAGCAGUGAGCUGUAGAGUAAGGGAUCCUGUUGAGAUGAAAUGGAGAGUCAGUGACACUUAUCUUGGAGAGAACUGGGAGAUUUUGGGUCUCACACCAGAGACACUGUAUCAGCUCAGAUAUGCUGUAAUGAACAGUAACAGCCUGAGUGACUACAGCAGAAUCACAGAGUUCCAAACACGUCCCAGAGCCAGACCUGGAAGGCCUGAAAUUGUCAGGCAGUUUGAUAACUCAUUGACUGUUGCCUGGAGGAAGGUUAAAGGAGACUCACCUGUGCUCCACUACAUGGUGGAGUAUAUGAAGGUUGGUCUGGAAGGCUGGCAGUCCAUUCUAACAGAGGGGCCUAAGUGUGAAUGCACCAUAACUUUCUCCAGCCACACCUGCUACAGAGUAAGAGUCUCUGCUGUCUAUGGAGAGGGUAUCACAAGCAGACCCAGUGAGGAAGCAGAGGUCCCUGUAGACGAGUGGUCCAUAAACCUCUCAGAGAAAAAGGCCUCCCUCUUCCUAGAAGCGCUGAAACUCCAAACAGGGAAGAAACCAGUAGAGCUGAGAGGCUGGCCAGAUGAAGAGAGUGAAGUGAGGAGUUUCGUUCAGUGUCUGCCCUACAUCUCCCGGCUGAGGAUUCAUUAUAAUAAAGCACAAGAGAAAAUGUCAGUGAUGGAGUUUAUGCUGAAGCUGAUGGUUGCAACAGCAGAGAGUCAUGCAGUUACAAUCGAGAGUUUCAAUAAGCUGCUGACACCUGAGUGUCAAUACUCAUUCUUUUCUUUAACAAAACAUUAUCUUUUUGAUACUUUUGAACAGUGUAAUUUGCUGCUGGAUGUGUACUCAUGUGUGAAGGACUCUGAGACUCAAACAGGCAGGAGUGUCCUUCCAGCAUUACAGCGACUUUACCGGUCAGCUCCUGAAGUUUGGUACAUAGACCUCUCAGAGAGAAAGGCCUCCCUCUUCCUAGAAGUGCUGAAACUCCAAACAGUGAAGAAACAAGUACAGCUGAGAGGCUGGCCAGAUGAAAAGAGUGAAGUGAGGAGUUUCCUUCAGUGUCUGCCCUACAUCUCCCAGCUCAGUUUUCUUUCAGAACUAUUUUGGGAACUACUUUCCAAAACACAGAAAAUGAACAGGAAAAGAGAAGUAAUGAAGGUUCUGCUGAAGCUGAUGGUUGCAGCAGCAGCGUGUGAUGCAGCUACAGGAGAGAGUUUCACUAAGCUGCUGACAUCUGUGUGCAGCUACACAGCCUUCCCUUUUGAGGGAGAUUAUUAUAAUUAUUAUCCCAUGAUGCAGUGUGAUUUCCUGCUGGAGAUGUAUUUAUUUGCGAAGAACUAUGAGAUUCAAACAGGCAGGAGAGUCCUUCCAGCAUUACAGCGACUUUAUCAGUCAGUUCCUGCAGCCUGGACCAUAGACCUCUCAGAGAGAAAGGCUUCCUUCUUCCUAGAAGUGUUGAAACUCCAAACAGUGAAGAAACCAGUAAAGCUGAUAGGCUGGUCAGAUGAAGAGAAUGAAGUGAGCAGUUUCCUUCAGUGUCUGCCCUACAUCUCCCGGCUCCGUUGUAGUAAAGCCAUGCUGCUCCAUUUCCUGGAUUUUGUCCAUGUGGGGACUGAGUUGGAGUGUAUGAGACACGCUGUGGCUCUCUCCCGGGCUCUGGGUGAGAUGGUGGACCUCAGUCAGAAACGGCUGAACCAGCAGGCCUGCAGAUCACUGGCACUGUUUCUGGAACAUUCUGAAGGGCUGUCAGAACUGGACCUUAGCCACUGUCAACUCACUGACCACUGCCUACAGCUGCUGUUCCCACACCUGCACAAAGCCCACAUCCUGGACCUCAGUCACAAUGACAUCACUGAUGUGUCAGCAAAGAGGAUCUAUGAUACUGUCUCCACCAACAACAAUAUUCACACUGUGAGGCUCUUCAACAACAGAAUUACAGACAUACAAAUCUUCCUGUCAGACAAGCGUUUUGAAGUCUGGUGAUGUUAAUGUGUUGAUAGUUAUUGUGACUAUCCAAAUUAUAUUUUUGUUUUAAGUGAAAAAAUGUCAUGAUAAAAAAAAAAAAAAAAAUUUGUGAGCUUAUGAAUUUAUGAAUAUUAGUCCAGUGUAUCAGUGCAACCAGGUUUGAUUCCUAGUCUGAGAACAUCUGAUAUUUCCGACAUUCACAUUAGGGCUCUGUUUAAGUUGUGUUCAAGCAAAGGAGGACAUGUGUAGACAUGUAGUAAGUAAUUGAAGUAAUUUUUACUUGAGUAAAAUGUAACAGUAAAGAAACAUAUAGAACUAAUUUUGCUAUUUGUUGAUAGUUUAAUGUUUAUAUGUUAUGUUGACAAAGUAUUUAUUUUUGAUGCUGCCUCUUGUUUUCAGGACAGUGUUGAUUAUUUACACUGUUUAUAUUUCAUGUCCUGACUGCUGAAAAGUUGUGUGAUCCCAUCUUUCGGAUGUUAUGCACUGAUCACUAAAAUUUGCCAUUGGAAAGGUUGUGCAACUUUUUUCAGACUCUUCACAAUGUUUUUACAUUUUUUUUUUGCAACUUUAAUAGUGAUUUUUAAUGCAUUGUUCCAUCUUAAAAUGGGACUUUUACUUAUUCUGUAUAUAUUCUGUAAAUGUGUGUUGCUUGUCUUUUGAAGUAGGCUGACUUUGUGUUUUAACUUAAUGCUGCUUUCACACUGAAUGGUUUGCAUUGCGCUCACCAGUUCAAACUGCUUUCACACCACUGGCAGUAGACGCUUGCAGGUCUGACGUAAAAGUGGUUGGUGCUGCACAUGGUUUCCAGAACAAUCUUCACACUUAUAAGUAACUAUCAUACAUAUACUUGUAACAAAGGCCAAAGGCAGCCAACUACCCAGGACUUGAACCCAGGUCUAAACAUGAGCUCUGACAGAUGGACAAAAGAGCCCUGUAAGCCUACAAGUUUAUUUCAGAAGGAACCUCUUAGUUAGUUUAAAAGCAAUUUAGUAUAAACCCGAGAGACCAACUUGUGCUGAGUAGUGAUGGUCAGAUGAAGCCUCAUGAAUCCUUGAAGCUUGUCAUCCAAUUGGUUAAAAAAAAGGUUCAUCUCUAUCAUUUGCACACAACCCCCCUGAUGGUCAAAACCUUUUUUGUCAUUUCAACUAUUUGAGAUGGAUUUCUUGGCUGUCUUGCAACAGUGUCAGCAUGGGAAUAGUCACU